CCGGAGUCCCCCUCAAAGUCUCGAUUACAGUCACCUUCAAAGCGAAAGACACGGAUACCUACACCACCAGGUCGCCCGAGUCUGGAUAUGUUCUGGGCUAGCGACGCCGUAAACGAAUGGAACGAUCAGUUCUCUCCUCAAAAAGUGCUGAAGUCACCCCGCAAAGCCAAGCAAUCUCAGGAUGAAGACCCCUCGACUCCACGAGCCAACAAGCUGCAAAGUCCUGUCAAGGCGAACCUCAAGGCGAAAAAGGACUUUGAUGCGACCAAGCAAGAUCUGGCGGAGUCAUUUCUUGCAGAGCUCGAUCAGAGGAUCACCAACAACAAAGUUGCCGAGCUCACUGCGAGUACUGGAGGAGUCAAAUUGAUCUGGAGUAAGACGCUGACCACGACCGCUGGUCGUGCCAAUUGGCGACGGGAACGAAGCACAAAACCCAGCACAAAAGCAGACAGAUCUACGGAUCUCCAGGCCUCAUCAGACGACACCUCAGCUACAACAACGAAAGACCAUGCCACCAUCGAGCUGUCAACUAAAAUCAUCACCGACGCUCCCCGCCUCCUCAACGUCAUCGCCCACGAAUUCUGCCAUCUCGCCAACUUCCUCGUUACCGGCAUCAAGGAUCGACCACACGGCGCCGAGUUCCAGCGCUGGGGCCGGCUCUGCACCGCCGCCUUCGCGGCUCGUGGCGUCCACGUAACCACCAAGCAUUCAUACGAGAUCGAGUACAAGUACCUUUGGCGCUGCAGUGGCGAGGACUGCGAUCAAGAAUUCCAACGCCACAGCCGCUCUAUCGAUGUGAAGAGACAUAAGUGUGGG